AUGCCAUGGCGCGAGCAAUGGAUUGACCCCGACGCGCCCCUGGCCAAACGCACACGCACAGACACUGACGAUACCCCCGAAGAAGGUGUGCGCGAACACCUCAAAAUACGCGCGUACCAAGUGUGGAUUUCCGAGAUUAUGCUUCAGCAAACGCGCGUCGAAACCGUCCGAGACUACUGGCAAGCGUGGAUGGAGCGCUGGCCGACCAUCGAAGCGCUUGCCAAAGCGUCAACGGAUGAUGUCCUCGCUGCGUGGCGGGGGCUCGGCUACUACAGCCGCGCCACUCGUAUUCAUCAGGCCGCACAGCUCGUCGUGCAGGACCCCGAGCUGCAAGGGAUGCUCCCUAACCAAGUCGAUGAGCUCGAGAAAAAGGCAAACGGCACUCUAUGCUGA